CUUAAAUACACGCACUAGUGCUUCCGCGAGUGGGGAAACUGAAGGGAAACUGCAAAAGCAAGUUCAAGUUGACAGUCAAAAUUUUUAGCGGGCCUAUAUAACCAUCUUGUGCUGUAACCACUUUGCGGAAAGAACUUGUCGAAUUUCUGCCCUCCCAUGGCCACAUUCGAUAUGAUUGUGGUGGGCUCCGGUGGCGGACCCGAUGAAACCAACCUAUCAGGAUAUCUACUCAAGCCUCGCGAGGCUGCUUGGAAUGAUGGUAUUAUCGCACUGGAGGCGGGGUCGGGUCUUGGCGCGCUCAGACAUAUCAUGAAGCGCGAUCCAAACAUUUUCGGAGAACGUCCAACUGACGCGAAUCCAACAUCGUUUACUCCUCUCACGGUGUAUUCAAAUGUCAAGUGUUUCCUCCUCACACACGCGCACCUUGACCAUAUAAGCAGUCUUGUAAUGGCCGCGGGCACACUGGGCGGUGCCAGAAAGCGUAUAUAUGGCUCAACCCAGACUCUCAGAGAUCUAGAGACUGUCUUCUCUGGAAGAGUAUGGCCCAAAUUAGCCACAUAUGAUGAGAAUAACCCGUUAUUGCAAUUGGUGUAUCACGCCCUCCAUGCAGAUGGCAAAUACAAGGUCAUCUUCCCAAAUAUCUCUGUUCGCUUUAUGACUGUCAACCACGGAAUGAGCGACUCUGGUCAGUAUGAUGGUGCUUGCUUUUUCAUUCGACAUGACCCCACAAAUCAUGAGUUCAUCUUUUUCGGUGAUGUGGAACCUGACAGCAUCUCUGCCGAGCCCAAGAACAUCGCUGUUUGGCGUGCAGCAGCACCAAAGAUACCACAUGAUAUAUCUACCAUCUUCAUUGAAUGUUCAUAUCAAACAGGGCGGCCGGAGGCGGAACUUUGGGGACAUCUCAGUCCCGUACAUCUGGUACAGGAGCUGGUCACGCUGGCAACAGAAGCACAUAAAUCUCGCUCAGGAUCAAGGCCGCGAAAGAAGCAACGGAAGAACUCCACGUCACCUGAUGCCCUUCACGGCGCACUCCAAGGUGUCAAAGUUUACAUCAUACACUGCAAAGAGCAAUUCUCCACAGAACGGCCGAUCAACCACGUUAUCGGUGACCAAUGUCGUGAGCUACUUGCGCCCCAUCAACUAGGGGUCGAACUACUCACUGCAGACCAGGGUAUGAAGAUUGUGAUUUGAACCUUAUCCUCAACAAACUUUUCUUAUUGGUUCAGUUAUUCGUUUGGCUAUUUAUACUUGGAGCAAUCCACCUCGAUACCACUCCCCACCGUGUGUGUAUAUUUAACCCCUGUAGCCUUAAUUCCCAUUUCGCAGUUGUCGUUCUUACCACCAGAUUGUCUUAUCACUCAUCGACGCGCCAUCCUCCAAUUUUUCGGACUUUUUGACGCGCUACGUACCUUCGAGCCUCCUUCCCAUAUACUACUCGAACGCUACGUACCGUCUUUAGACUCACUCACGUACUUGCACA